GCACCCAGCCAUGAAGCUCCUUUUUCCUAUCUUUGCCAGCCUCAUGCUACAGUAUCAGGUGAACACAGAAUACUUUGGCUUGGGAAGAUGUGUAAUGGGUUUGGGGAGAUGCAAAGACCACUGUGCCGUGAAUGAAAAAGAGAUAGAUAAAUGCAAAAAGAAAAAAUGUUGUAUUGGACCAAAAGGGAUUCAAUUGAUAAAAAGCUACCUGCAAAAUGAAAUGAUCCACACACUUGAAGAGGUCGCCAAGAAAAAUAUCACCAAGAAUUCCAAGGUUGUGACGCCAUCAAAAUAUCGUCCUUUAUCUCAUCUCCCCGAAAUUAAAAGUACCAACCCUUUCGCCAGCAUCAACACCAUCAUCAUCCCAAAUGGCACCACUGUGAACUCUACCACCACCAACUCCACGACUUCAGGAAGGAGUACACACCCUGCUACUUCUACCAAGAGUGACACCAAAAAAAGAAGAGAUUCACCCACGGAGUCCCCCCCAGCAGACAGCUCCCCCGUAGACACUGCCGACAGCAUGACUUGAGCUGAAGGGAGCAGAUGAGCAGGGAUGUGGGCCUCUCCCCUAAAACAGCAAGUUCCUCUUUAUCUUCGCUGUCUAUAAAAUGAGACAAAGAACUGUUCCCUCUGACAUCUGUCGUUCAAUAAACACUGUUUA